CCGGAAGUUGCGGUUCAACCAUGAAAUCCCUCCGUCCGGAACCUUCUGCAAGGGAUAAACGUUCCUGGUGUCAACAGUGGAUAAAAGAAAACGAAAAAAAGCAUUUCCAGCAUAACAUAUAUGAUGCGUACCUGUUGCACGCUCGCCCUCCCUGUGGACUGGUUUCCCCUGAACCCAGAAGGUGCUGCAGAGUGCUGUACUACAUCACGGCUCCGCUCUUCCUGCUCGGAGUAACUCACACACUCAGAGCAAGAAACUCAAGGUGGCGUUUCAGAUCCCAGCGACCUCAGGAUGCUGCCGCGCUCUGCCGUCCACCUGGGACGCCACGUCAUGGGAACCAGUCUCCACCUGACGGCUGAUGCUGAUUGGCUACCAGCACCACCUGCCAGUCAGACAGAAUGCAGUCAUGAGGAACCUGAGCCACCAGAGCUGAUCGAUGCAGUGGAGCUUCUGUUUUACUAUAACAACACUCUUGGUCAUCUGAUGUGAUAAGAAGCUUUACAUGACUGAACACUGAUGAGGUUUCAUGUUUACGGCUCUGUCUGCUGCAGGUACGGUCCUCUCUUCCUCAUGCUCCUCUUCUUCUUUAGUGGCUGUUUCUGCCAAAGGAAUCAACAGGAGACGACGCCAUCAGCAGCCUGGAUACUGCUCUGCUACACUCUGACACACUGGUCAGAUUGUAGCACUGUCGACCCGGUCUAAACUGUCCAGAACUGACCUGGUUCUGUGCUUUUCAGAGUUGAUGUUCACUAACACGUAUUGUGUUUGAUGCUAUGUCAUCAACAAAGUCACAGAGGGAAACAUGACCAACACCAUCAGUAGCUACAGGUGCAUGAAUCUAGACUCGGUCUGAAUAACAGGAAGCAAUGUUCAUUCAGCUGCAUCCAGACGAGAGCAGCCAUCGUCUGCAGAGCUGAAACAAACCUAUGUUUUCCUCAGCAGGCAGCAACAACACACCAGCACCAAGUGUGCGUGUGUGUGCGUGCACGUAUGAGUGUUGCUAAUAAUUGAUCAGCAGACUUCUCAGGUAACUAAUUACAUUACUCAGCAAAGGAAACCCAACAGGAUCAAAAGCAAGACAACAAUCUGUAUCUUCUUUGCGUUGACUCUGGAUCUUUGCGUUGAAUCUGGAUCUUUGCGUUGACUCUGGAUCUUUGCGUUGACUCUGGGUCUUUCUGCUGACUCUGGAUCUUUGCAUUGAAUCUGGAUCUUUGCGUUGACUCUGGAUCUUUGCGUUGACUUUGGAUCUUUGCUUGACUCUGGAUCUUUGCAUUGACUCUGGAUCUUUGCGUUGACUCUGGAUCUUUGCGUUGACUCUGGAUCUUUGCAUUAACUCUGAAUCUUUGUAUUGACUGGGGUUUGCAGACUGGUUUGUGAACGUGUUUAAUUUAUUUUAUGCAUUUUUGUAAUUCACGUUGCAGUAUGAUGCUGUCUUGUCCCUUUCUGUCAUGACUCCGGUUGGAGAGUAUAGGAGAGAGGGCAGAUUUUACUGUGGUGUGGGUUGUGUUUUGUUCUUUUUAUCAGAACAAACUGGACGAUUGUGAAUCCCAGCUGUGUGUCGAUAUCUAUACUUUGGCCACAUUAUAGUCAAGGACUGUAUCUGUAGCUGUGGGUCUUAGUCCUUAUUAUUUACCCCGUGGGUUCUCACAUUUUUCAAACAAUAAGCCUUGGGUUACAAAGGACAUCAAAAGAAUCCUGAAUGAAAAGAAGAGGGCUUUUGGAGGUGGAAAUAAAGGGGAGCUGAUAGCUAUCCAGAAGGACUUGAAGGUGAAUAUCUGUGAGGCUAAGGGCUGCUACAGGAAGAAGCUGGAGUUGAAAUUUCAGCAGAACAAAAUGAAAGAGGUCUGGAGGGUAUGAAGACCAUCACUCGUUUCAGACCAGCUAACAGUGAGUUAGCAAUGUGAGAACAAUGAGUUGAACCUGUUUUUUAACAGGUUUCAUGUUGGAACAUCUAACGGUUCUCCUGACUCCUGCCUGCGAUCACUUCCCCUGCUUCUACCUCCAGAUAAUGCUUCCAGCAACUGUAGGGGUCCUCCAUCUCUCUCUCCUGAUAGCUCUUCCAGCGUUUUUCGGAAUGGGAGUUAUGAUCCCAGCUUCCCCCCCUCCCAAUCCGCACUUUUUACACCCCUUCGUGUAAGAAGACAGCUGAGUAAAUUCCCCAAAAAUAAGGCUGCUGACCCUGAUGGCGUCAGUCCACAGGUUCUCAAAGUCUGUGCUGCCCAGCUUUGUGGAGUGUUUCCCCGUUUAUUUGGCCUGAGUCUGAGUCUCACGAGGCUGCCAGUGCUUUGGAAAACAUCGUGCCUAGUUUCUUUGCCAAAGACAUCACGUCCCAGGGGAUCCUCGGAUUACCGACCGUGGCACUUACAACACAUAUUAUGAAGACCUUUGGGAGACUGAUCCUGGAGCAGCUCCGACCUAUUGUUAGGUCCCAGCUGAACUGUCUCCAGUUUGCCUACCACCAACGGUUGGGAGCUGAGGAUGCCAUCAUUUACUUGUUGAAUCUGGAAACGCCAGUGAGCACUGUGAGGAUAAUGUUCUCUGACUCCUGCAGUGCUUUUAAUACUAUCAGGCCAGCCCUUCUGGGCAAGAAACUGAUGUCGAUGCAUGUGUCCUGUAUUGUCGACUGUCUGACCGGCAGACCACACUUCGUACGGUCUCAGUUGUGUUGUGUUUAACUCUGGGGCUCGGACAGUCCUCUCUCCUUUUCGCUCCACCCUUUAUACCAUGGACUUUAGUUACUUGACAGACUUUUGCCCCCUUCAGAAGUUUACUGAUGAUUCUGCUAUAGUUGGAUGUAUUAGUUAGGGUGAUGAGUCUGAAUACAGGGCUGUGGUUGAUGUCAGUUGUCUUUGUCAGUUGGUGUGAACAGAACCACAUACAGCUUAAUGUGGUGAAGACAAAGGAAUUAGUAGUGGACCUGAGGAGGACCAAGGCACCAGUGGCUCCAGUUUCUAGCCAGGGACACAGGGUGGAGGUUGUGGAGGACUAUAAAUAUCUGGGAGUAUUUAUUGAUAAUCAAUUAAACUGGGCUAAGAACACUGAAGUGCUGUAUAAGAAGGCCCAGAGCAGCCUCCUUUUUCUGAGGAGGCACAGGUCCUUCAAUAUCUGUCCAACCAUGCUGAGGUUGUUUUAUGAGUGUGUGGUCGCCGGUGCGAUUCAGUUUGCUGUUGUGAUCUGGAGCAGUGGCCUGAGAGCUGCAGACAGGAAUAGACUAAACAAACUCAUCAGAAGAGCCAGCAAACUGGUAGGGAUGGAGUUCGUCAAUUCAUUCAUUCAUAACCAUAUUGAUGCAAUUUCUUAUCUCUUUCUUAUCUUGCAUGGAACAUCUGGGACAAAAGUAAUUUACCCUUGAGGAUCAAUAGCUAUUCUAUUCUAUUCUAUUCUAUUCUAUUCUAUUCUAUUCUAUUCUAUUCUAUUCUAUGGUGUUAGCAUGUUCUGACCACAUUCUGUUGCUGCUGAGUGAAGCAGAGGAGACCUAGUUUUCAGUUUAGUCAGUGCGUGGAGCUACAAAACCCCAGGGAAUGAUGGGAAACAAAUGGCUCUCACCUGAUCGGUCUGGAAUUAGUUCAGACAGAGCAAUAAUAAUGCGCCGUAAAAAUGACAGUGUGUUUCUAUGUUUUAUUUUAAUGUGAAAUAUUUGAUUCCUACGAAUCAGAAUCUAUAAACAGCUUCUGAACAACGACUGAAAAUCUGUAGCUGCUCAGUUUUUCCUCCAUCCAGCUUGUUUGUUGCCUUCGCUUCAAAACCGCCUAAGUUUCUUCAGCAAAAACCACAAACUAAUGAAGUUUUUUAAAAUGUGAAGUAAAGUAAACCCAAGGACGAUUCCUAUAAGAUGGAGCACUGGACAAUAAGGAUCAGGUGUGAAGGAGGUGGAGUCAGAGCAGUGGAAACAGACCGACCUGCAGCAGCCGGAGCUCAGUCCAAGGUGAAAGGUUGUCAUUGUUGGACGCGUCGUAAAGCCUCCCACAGCACUAACUCUAACCCAUGUCCACUCAGUGGCCUAAACGUAAGGCGUGAUACAGCUGAGAGUGAAGGUCAUGUGGAUGGCGUGUGAAUUAGUGGCACCAAGCUGCUGUUCAUAUGGCAUCACAUCACCACAACAGCCACAACCAUUGUUUCCUCCAUGGCAGAAACAACAUUUACCUCAAAAUGUUCAUAGUUUGGAUUGGAAAAAGCAAAAUCAGCCCUGCCCCCGAACUACGCGUGUCCAAUCCCAGCAGCCAUGAGAUAAUGUGUCCUGCCUCCAUCCACUUCCAGCCCGUUGCUCGUCUUACACUGGCCUGUAUCGGUUUCACACACUGAGCCCUGAUGGCUAAGUUCCUGACACAGGAGCAGAUCAGCGAGUUUAAGGAAUGUUUCUCUCUGUACGACCGUAAGAGGAAGGCAAAGAUCAAAGCCCAGGACCUGAUAGUGGUGAUGCGAUGCCUCGGGUCCAAUCCCACCCCCUCCGAGGUUCAGAGGCACCUGCUGAGCCACAGCGUGAAAGGUCCGGGUGGAGAGCUCGACUUCUCCACCUUCCUGAGCAUCAUGCACCAGCAGCUCCAGCAGGAGGCGCCGGAGGUGGAGAUCCUGGAGGCCAUGCGCAUGGCUGACAAGGAGCACAAAGGCUUCAUCACGGCCUCGGAGCUGCGAGCCAAGCUCACUCGGCUCGGAGAGAAACUGACCGACAAGGAGGUGGACGAGCUGUUGAAGGAGACUGGUGUCGGAGCCGAUGCGGUCCACUGUGAGCAUUUCGCUAAAGCUGUAACACGUUCUGGUGCCAAGUGCUGACCCGGCUCCAGGUCCAGCACUUUGGGCCCUCUGCUAUAAACCAAAGCUAUAGCAGCACAAUAAAAGCACAGUGACGUGAUUGAGCCUCUGCCAUUUCAUUCACUCAAAUAAA